AUGCUCAAAAACUAUGACCAGUUCGCAGCAGGAAAGCAAACGGCACAGCUUGAAGCCUUGCCGGAAAGCACCGCAACCAAGGCCAAGGAGCAAGAUGACUAUAUCAAGGCUCUCAUUAGCUAUGGUGACGCGAUUCUUGGCCUGUUGGAGUUAGAACUAGAGCUAGGGUUAGAGGUGGAACUGGAACUAGAUCAAGACGAGCAGCGGAUCCUCGCUGUUAGGCGAGUGGACCGCUGCCGUUGGCAGCACCAGCUCUUCCGCAGCGGCGUGCAGGCAUACCUAGUCCAGCGCGUGGCCGUGCACCUGCUGCGGUUGUCGGCAGGGGACUGCACCGAGGUUACAUGGUGGCAUCAAUGGAUGGGUCGAGACAGGUAUCUGGCCACGUGGAUGUCGGCGUCGUUUGUGGUGUACAUGGUGCCGGCAGCAGCGUGGUACAGUAGGCCUUAA